AUGAUCAAUGGCUCGCUCAACAUGCCUCGGCUCUCAUUAUCUUCAGAGGAGUCCAUAGAGACGAGCAGUGCAAAAUCGAGCGAGCAAGCAUCCAGCGACUUGCACAAAUCUCACGCAACGAGAGAAUCUCCCAAGACCGCUUUGCUCAACGAGCGCUUAGCUCGAGCGCUCUGGGAUGCACCAAGGGCAGAAGAGUAUCUCGAGCUGUUCGUCAGAGAUCACCAUGCGCUCAAAGUCAAGUGCGACACCUAUGAGCUGGCCGGGCUUCAUUACAAAGACAAGCGCGAUGAGCUGGUCAGGUCGAUCGCCGCCAAGGACAAGGACUUGAUCGACAAGGAUGUCGAGCUGGCUUACCGGGCGGGCGAGAUCGCUCGACUUCGACGAGAGCUCGAUCAAUGCAAGAAGGACAUUGCAAUUGUCCAUCAGGAGGAGUCAGCAGAUCUCAGGGCGACGCACGAAGCGCGAGAAGCUAAACCUGCGAUCAAGGAGUGCAAAGCUUUGCAGCAUGAGGCCACGACGGUGGUGGUGAUGCCAGAGGGAUCGGAAGCAGACCUGGUCGUCGAAUUGCCUUCACCGGUCACCAACUCUGGACAGACCAUGCCUUCACUCUCAUCCAUCGUGCCAUCAGCGAGCUCUUCAGUAGUGGGCAAGUAG